CUCUGUUCUCAAAAGUUCAACAACAUCCUAUCCAUCUUUCUCAACUUCAUCUCAUCAAAUCAACUUAUCAUCAAUCAAUCAACUUAUCAUAUCAACUUUGAAUCCAAAGAAAAACACUCAAUAUGUCUACCACCCGUUCAACUCCACAACGGAUGACACGUCGAUCUACCAGAUCACCUCCAGUCUCAUCUUCAAAUCAAUUCAAUACCUUCACAACGGCUCUUAAUCGAACUUCUAAUACACCACAAAAACCAACAAGAACAAAUGAAUCAAUAAUCAAAAAACAAGAAACUCAAUCUAACAAACCUACUUUACCAAUCGAUAAGAAGAACUCUCUCUUAGAUCGUGGUCGAGUUCGUUCUGUAAAAACUCAACUCAUUCCACUUGAAAAUAAUUGGUCAAUCACUAUUGCUCGGGUUAAGGUGCCUACUACUUCGGGUGUUUCGGGUCAUCUUAUCAAACGUUUCGAUACCAAUGCGAUCUCUGCUAGUAGUUUUUUUAGAGCUGCUUUUCCUGAUGCAAGUGUAGAAGAUGAACAAGCUCAUAUGUCUUAUUUUACUGAUGUUUACGAUACGGCUACGGCUGGUGGUGAUCAUAUCGGACCAGAGUGUAAGCUUACUGGUACCUGGGUACCUGUCGCUCAUGCAGAAUCGAUUGCAGAGUGGUAUGGGCUAUCAAAGUUUGCUGCCGAUCUCAUCACCUUCCCUGAUCCCAACAAUGGAUCAGCUUCACCUAUGGACCCUAAAACAGGUUUAAAACAAUCUGAAUCGAGUCAAGUCACCAAUUCUGAUCCACCUCAAGCUGCCGAGUCGACUCCUGUACCUAAAAUGGUGGGCACACCUGGGACGCGAUCUAUCAAGCGUCCUCGUGUGGCACCUCCUAGUUUCGGUAACACUAGCCCUUCUCACUUUAGUCUAUCUGCGGCUUCGGUUUCAGCUACUUCGAAUGAAGCUCCAGGAAUUGACCAAUCGGCUACCAUUGACGAAGCCGAUCCGACUGAAGAAUCUAUGUUUAUCUCUAACGACGAAGGCGAAGAACCUGAGCAAACGUCUCUUCAAGUGACUGUGACGCAAACAUCUAUGAAUAAUCGAAUCGACGAAGGGAUGACUACUACCACUACCGCGACUGCUUGUGUUAUUGGAACCGAUGAGCAAGUCGAACUUGCUAAACGAGACGCCUUGAAUUUAGUAGCAUCACUUCAAGAAAGUGCAGCCGCUCAGAACCACUCAUCCAAUGAAUGGAGUCAAAAGAAACGAGGCCUUGAGCAAACAGAACCCAUUAUUACAACCACUCGUGAUACAGAUGAAGAGACCGUCUUAGCAGCACCACCACCUAGAGGUCUCUUUGCUCGAUUCUGGUCACGUAAAGCGAAUGCAAAGAAACGUGAAGAGAUGGCUAAAACAUUGAAUAAACAAUCCAGAGAGAUCGCAUCCCUCCCGACUCAUCCUGUCGUACCUCCAGUCACAUCGGUGACCAAGAGAAACUUGGCUGUAGCAGGAAUCGUGGUAGCAGGCGCAGCUGCUUCGAUCGCACCUUAUUUCUUUUGA